AUGCCUUCUACCUCACAGGGACCACCCACAGCUAUCUACAAUCUUCGCCCGUUCACUCGAAAGGGCCCCAGACAUAAGAGGUUUCAGGCACUAGGCAGUUUACGUCCGGUGGCUCAGUCUUUCACCAAAGAAGUUAUUCUCCUGCCAGACCAUACAUCUACACAUGUGCCAAGGCGUGCCAAGAAAGCUUGGCUUUUUGAAAAUGGUCAUAUAAAAUCUGCCUUAGAAUUUGGCUGUGACUGGGACGCCGACAAAGUUAUGCAGACUAUAACAUCAGCCUUCCAGCCAGUUGUGGAGGGAUGCAGAUUACAAAUCUUGAUGUCGUGCCACAACAAAUUAGUGGAGCCAUCCCUGACUUCCAAACAGACUUUAGGUGGAGACCUUCUGAAAAAACUUUUUCAUCAGAAGUCCAUUUAUGUCAGGCCUGACAAGGUCAUUUUAAGUGAAGAGAAAGAAUCUUCAUGUUCUGAUGAAGACAGUAGCAACACAAACAAGAAUGAUUUCAAAGAAACAUUGGAUCCUGACAAAUGUGUCAUUGGUAGUGUGCCUGAUAUUUCCAAAGAAGUUGUUUCAGCCAUCUCCACUGUUGAAGUCCAGUGUCUCUCCAGUAAUACCCCUUCCAUCUCUGGUGGAGAUGAAGUUAUUUGGUGUAUUGACACUAAAGAUAUUUGCACCAAUGCACCACCCAUCUCAGCUGACAACCUCACCAUGUCUUCUGUUGCUGCUGCCAUUACUAUUGAUGAGACUCCUACCUUGUCUAGUGGAACAUCUGUCAUCUCUAGUGGCUACACCAACAUCUUUUCGAUUGGUCCCACUAUCAGUGGCACUGGACACACACCAUGCUUCUCUGCUAGCAACACCUCUGAGGCAUCCCAUAGUCCCACCCAAACCAAUGCACCCAGCACAACCUACAGUACAUACCUUGACCUAUUUGAGGAAGAAUACCUCUCUGAUGACGCUGAUCUCCAGGAAGCCAUAUCAAGGUCCUUAGAGUCCAGCACAAAUGAGAGUGAUUCAAGGAUGACUUUAGAGAGAAUAAUGGAGCAGAUUGGUUCGAGAGUAAAUAAUGACAGCAUUGUACGGUUCAAUAUCAUAAGAAGAAAUGUGUGGGAUGGAACAUCCAGAGCAAUGGGCAGAUCCAAUUUUUCACCCGAGAAGAAGGUGGAUGUUAAGUUUACUGAUGACUAUGGAACAUCUGAGGGUGCUGUGGACAAUGGAGGACCUACUCGGGAGUUUUUCCGACUCUGUCUACAUGAAAUCAAGGACAAAAUUGGCAUCUUUGAAGGACCAUCUAAUGCUAAAGUCCUCACAUGCAACUCCAAAGCGAUGAAAGACAAUGCAUACUUCUAUGCUGGCCAGAUCAUGGCAAUGUCAAUUGCCCAUGGGGGGCAGAGUCCAUGUUUCCUGUCUGAACUUAUGUAUGAGUGUCUUCAAAAGGGCCCUGACAAUGUAAAGGUCAAAACUGAAGAUAUUACUGAUGAAGAAACAAAGUCACAGUUGCAGUCGAUCUUACAGGCCCAGACUGAUUCACAACUACAAGAUGCAGUUGAACAGGCUGCUAGCUUAAUCAGUCUUGCUGGUCACAAUGUACGCAUAACACUGGAAAACAAACAGGAGACUGCUUUGGAUCUGGCUCAUUGGUAUGUCCUUCAGCGGACCCGUGCACCAUUUGAAAGGUUCAGAGAUGGCUUAACGUCUCUGGGUGUCCUAGAUGCUCUCCAAAACUAUCCUGUUCAGUCAAAGUGCCUUUUUGUGAAGGCUGAAAAGGCCUUAACCGCAAAUGAUGUGGAGAAUCUCUUCCAAAUCAUUCAUUCUGAAAGAGGGAGUAAUGCAUUUCAAGCAGAGUGCCGGACCCUGGCUUUCUGGCAAGACUAUCUUCAGGAUGCUGAAAUUGAAAACAAUGUCUCUCUGGAGGAUGUUCUUGUUUUCUUCACUGGAUGUGACAGCAUUCCAGCACUGGGUUUCUCUCCAAAGCCAAGACUUGAGUUCAUUACCUGUUCCCGAUUUCCAGUGGCCAAUACUUGGUGA